GAGCCUCCUCGGCGCCGCGCGCCAUGUGCUGCCGAGAGACGGGCCCGGGCCCGGAGCGGCUCUGGCGCCAGGAGCCGGGCAGCAGAGCAGGCCCCAGAGCGCGGGCAGAGAGGGGAGACAGGGGCCUCCCGAAAGGUCUCCUUGCGGGAAAAGGAGACCGACUUAGUGGAAAGUGACCGAGCAGCCCCUCGGCUGCCUUCCACAGGGGCCUUCCCCUCCGUUCCCCCCGGGCACGGUGCCCCUCUUUCCAGGAGAAAUCUGCCUUCCACACGGCUCCCGCCCAGCCAGCGGGACUCGGCUGGCACAGGGUGCCCGCAGCACAGGGUGCCCGCAGGAGGCGCUCGGGAAGGAGGAAGUGGCUGGGAGCCCUCAGUGGUGCCGAGGGCCCCAGUGCACUCACUGGAGCCUGGACGAAAUGCACUGGCUGCUGAAGUGCAGUGAGUUUGUGGCUGUUUGUCCCACAGUGAUAACAUUAGUCUCCGGGCCUGCACCACAACCAGCGCCUGAGGAGGACAGUAAACACCCUGAAAGGGGGAAAACCUUUGAAUUGUAGGAUGUUCAUCAUGUUGUGCUGGCUUCUUGAGCUAAGCCUCAGUCUCCUCAGAUCAUGUAACAACUGACUGUUUACCCUUAGUGUGAGGACUCAGUAACAGGCAGUGCAGGCAGGGAACUUCUGGUGCAUAUGAAGCACUCAUUCUUGGCACUUUAAAGAUCUGUCAGGGGAGACAGAUCCUACCUGUGGUAAGAAAACUUCAGCAGUGGGAAGUAAAUUCUGGAGGUCAACUCUUCCAAACCCCUGCUCAGACAGGGCCACUUAAGAGUCAGUUGCUCAGGACCAUAUGCAGACGGCUUUUGAAAAUCCUCAGGAUGAAGAUAGUGCAAACUAUUCUAGUGGUUUUUCAGCCACACAGAAAAAAAAUGUUUUUCCUGAUAUUCAAUAAGGACCCUCCUGUAUUUCAGUCCCAGUCUGAAGAACGGACAUCUGCUCCAUUGUGGACCUCUCUGGGCUGUGGGGGCACAAACUGUGUCACCAUGUUCUUCUGCAAGGUUCAAGAAUCUCUUCCAGCACCUGAAUUGCCUUCUCCCCCUCCUUCUUCUUGAUGUCAGCUUGUCUUUCUCAGCUGCUGUUGGAUGUUUGGGGUUUUCUUCCCUCUGUUGAUUAUGUUAUCAGAGGGGCAUUGCUACCAUUGCUGCUCAGCUCAGCUAUGGUCAGCAGUGAGUCCAUCUUGGAGCCAAGUGGAAGCGGCUAUCUCUGACAUUGGGGAAGUUUCUGAAAGCUUACAGAAGCCAAGCCUAUAGCCCCUCUGCUACCCAACUGAUACAGGAGCCCAGAAUUUGACACAGCAGUCCACGUGUGUCCUCACCAGUGCUAAGCAGAGGCCAAUGAUCUUCUCCCUUAUCUUGUCUUCAGUACUUUGCGUAACGCAGCUGGGCGUUUCUGUAGCAAAAUACAACUUAGCUUCUUUCAAGGGGGAAAAUUCAGGGUGGGCCCUGUUGUGCAUAUAUACAUGCAUAUCAAUCGUUUAAACAUGAGAGUGUUUCCUUAGCACAUAGAUUUCUCAGGUUAUAAGGCAUCCAGCUAUAGCAAGGUUAAGUUUAAAUAUUUGGUGGUUUGAAGAUGGUUCUGUUGAGCAUAUCUGGCUAUCCUAGAACAAGUUAGAGAGAGCAACUUUAAAAAUAACUUUAUAAUUUUUUUUGUGUUGUUUCCAGGCAAGUAUACGUGUAUACAUGUAUGUAAAGGUUGCUAGUUAUUUCCUCUGUCCUGUAGGUCAGGAACUUAUUUUUGUUAUAUCUGCACAGAACUUCCUGGAUUUUUCUUUUUAAUGUUUUAGCAUUCUGUGUAACAGCUCAUUAUAUUCAUGGCAUGUAAAAUACAUGCAAUUUAUUUAUAUUUUAAAGCAAAUUUCUGUUUCUAGAGUAAAGUCUUAAUAGAAAUAUUUUAACUUUGUCAUACACACCUUGCACUGACAACUUUCAGACACCUUUCUUUUUAUUGUGCUGUCUCAGCUUAGGUGGUAGUUGUAUAAUAUUUUUUUGUGUGCACCGUCUCUUAAGUGAAAACUAUGCAAAUGCUGAAUUGUUUCUGUUGAUAUAAAAUAUGGCGCAUUCCAAAGUUCAAAACUAACACAUUCUUAAAGGUUUGUGUUAGGUAGCAGUAAGGUCCAGGUAGUCUUCUGUGGUGUAGAAAACUUUUGUCCAGAAGCUUGAGUAUCUUGGGGAAGUGUGAGGAGAGAUGGAAAGGGAAAGAAGAAAAAAACAGCAAUUCUUGUAAAUAUCCAGGCAUCUUAAAUGUAAGAGAACCUAUCUGUAAGAAACUAAAAGCAUUCCAGUUUUCCAAUAAAAAUCUCUGCUCUUUUGAUGCCUGGAAGAUACCAGUAGAGAUCACAAUGCAGACAUCAGAGACUGGGGCAGAUACAGGUUCGACUGUGACUUUACAGACAUCCGUGGCUGGCCAGGCAGCAGUGCCCACACAGGUAGUACAGCAAGUACCAGUUCAGCAACAGGUACAGCAAGUACAGACUGUGCAACAGGUACAGCAUGUCUACCCAGCCCAGGUUCAAUAUGUGGAGGGAAGUGACACAGUCUACACUAAUGGAGCUAUCCGAUCAACAACUUAUCCUUACACAGAAACCCAGAUGUACAGUCAAAACACUGGGGGAAAUUAUUUUGAUACUCAAGGAAGUUCUGCACAGGUGACAACAGUGGUCUCGUCUCAUAGCAUGGUGGGCACUGGAGGGAUUCAGAUGGGCGUAACAGGAGGACAACUCAUUAGCAGCUCAGGAGGCACCUAUCUGAUUGGCAAUUCAAUGGAAAAUUCUGGUCAUACAGUGACUCACACAACGCGGGCCUCCCCAGCGACAAUUGAAAUGGCGAUUGAGACACUGCAAAAGUCUGAUGGUCUGUCCACUCACAGAAGCUCUCUUCUCAACAGCCAUCUUCAGUGGCUUUUAGACAACUAUGAAACUGCAGAAGGAGUGAGCCUUCCAAGAAGUACCCUUUACAACCAUUACUUACGACACUGUCAGGAGCACAAGUUGGAUCCAGUCAAUGCUGCCUCCUUUGGAAAACUCAUACGGUCAAUCUUCAUGGGACUGCGGACCAGAAGACUUGGAACUAGGGGGAACUCCAAAUAUCAUUACUAUGGGAUUCGUGUCAAGCCAGAUUCUCCUCUUAAUCGACUACAAGAGGACAUGCAAUAUAUGGCCAUGAGACAGCAGCCCAUGCAGCAGAAACAAAGGUAUAAGCCUAUGCAGAAAGUGGAUGGAGUUGCAGAUGGCUUCACAGGAAGUGGUCAACAGACAGGCACAUCUGUUGAACAAACUGUAAUUGCCCAAAGUCAACAUCAUCAGCAGUUUCUAGAUGCAUCUCGAGUACUGCCAGAGUUUGGAGAAGUUGAAAUAUCUUCUCUGCCAGAUGGUACUACCUUUGAGGACAUCAAAUCACUACAGAGUCUUUAUAGAGAGCACUGUGAGGCAAUACUGGAUGUGGUUGUUAAUCUUCAAUUCAGCCUGAUAGAAAAAUUGUGGCAAACUUUCUGGCGCUAUUCUCCUUCUGCUCCACCUGAUGGCACUCCUGUUAAUGAACCAAGCAAUCUGAGUGAAAUAGAAAGUCGACUUCCUAAAGCAAAGCUGAUUACUCUGUGCAAGAAUGAGUCUAUUCUGAAAUGGAUGUGUAACUGUGACCAUGUGAUGUACCAGGCUUUGGUGGAGAUUCUCAUUCCUGACGUCCUUAGACCUAUUCCUAGUGCCUUGACCCAAGCCAUUCGCAAUUUUGCAAAAAGCCUUGAAGGUUGGCUUUCAAAUGCCAUGAACAAUAUUCCACAGAGGAUGAUACAAACCAAGGUUGCCGCUGUAAGUGCCUUUGCCCAGACUCUGCGAAGAUACACAUCUCUUAAUCACCUGGCUCAAGCAGCUCGUGCUGUGCUUCAAAAUACUUCACAAAUCAACCAGAUGCUCAAUGAUCUCAACCGUGUUGAUUUUGCCAAUGUUCAGGAGCAGGCUUCCUGGGUGUGCCAGUGUGAUGACAACAUGGUUCAGAGACUGGAAACAGAUUUCAAGAUGACUCUUCAACAGCAGAGCACUCUGGAGCAGUGGGCUGCCUGGCUGGAUAAUGUAAUGAUGCAAGCAUUGAAACCGUAUGAAGGAAGACCCAGCUUUCCUAAAGCAGCACGGCAAUUUCUGUUAAAAUGGUCUUUCUACAGCUCAAUGGUGAUUCGGGAUUUAACCUUGCGCAGUGCUGCUAGCUUUGGCUCUUUUCAUCUGAUCCGCUUGCUAUACGAUGAAUACAUGUUUUACUUAGUAGAACAUCGUGUUGCUCAGGCAACAGGAGAGACACCUAUUGCAGUUAUGGGAGAGUUUGGUGAUUUAAAUGCUGUGUCCCCUGGAAAUAUGGAUAAAGGAUGGAGGAGGGUAACAGCUGUGGGAAGAAAGACAGGAGUAGGCUUAUGGAUGUUGAACUGUAGUGAAUGUUUCGAUGAGGGCAGCGAAGUUGAAAGUGAAAUAGAUGAAGAGCUGGAUGAAAGUGGAGAGCCACAAGCUAAGAGAGAGAAAACUGAGCUAAACCAGGCAUUCCAGGUGGGCUGCAUGCAGCCAGUGCUUGAGAGUGGAGUCCAGCAGAACCUCCUGAACCCAAUUCAUAAUGAGCACAUUGUUGCAACUACUCAGACUAUCAGACAAUGCAGUGCUACUGGAAAUACAUAUACUGCAGUCUAAUGUGAAACUUCCCCUGGCCUCCAACACACGCCCCAUUGCAUUAGCUGUUUAGGUUUAAUAUGAAAAAGGAAAAAAAAAGAGAGUAAGUCCGAAGGUUGACUGUUGUCAAAUGUAACUGUUCUGAUCAUUAUUUUGUUGGAGUUGUUAAAUGGAAUGGGUGUAUGUAUUUUGCCAGGUCUGUUUAGAAAAAUUUAGAAAAAAUUUUUGUAAACGAAAUCAUUUUACAUUGGCCACUCAAUAUGAAGAGGUUUCUUUGUAUCAAAUGCAAGGAAGAUUUUUGCAAAGUUUAAUGUUAAUGUUUUGUCCUCUUAUAAUAAUUUAAUUUUUUUUCAUAGUUUAAAAAAAUAUUUUAAUGUUAAUUAUUAGUUAUGCUGAUUUCAUAUAGAUAGGUUUUUAAUUAGAUGCACUUCUGUGAAAUAUCAAAAGAACUAUUUUCUUUGAUUUACACUGGAGGCAUACUUAUUUGACAGCAGAUGUAUCAAAUUUGUUAUAAAAGGUGCUUUUCAUCGUACUACGAGAAGACACUAUUUUGAUAAAAUUGUGAGUAUUCAGGGGGAUUUUUUUGUAAUAAUGCUGGAGGGUUGAGAAGAUCUCCUAGUUUCUUCCUGUGAGGAAGAAGCUGUUUAAAUGACAGAAUUGUAUCAGAAUGUGGUAAUCUGAAUGGCAUAAAUGUACCUAAUUAUCUGAAUAUGAUGUAAACAAUGCAAGCUUCAUUUAUAAUCAACAGUUUCAGAUAUUAUUUGCAUACCAGUUCCUCUGUUUUGAAGACUACUGAUUCUGUAUGUGAGGCCACUGAACUUUUGAUUGUUCAGUGGCACUGCAGAUGUUAGAAACUGAAGCUAAAAAGAAGUGACUUGAUUAUUGUUAAUUUUAAGUGUAUGUGCUACUUAUGCUGAACUGGACAUACAGGAAAACAUUCCAUUUGGAUGACUUUCUUCUAUUCCAGGUCUUUUCCUACUAGUGGUUCAAUCUGCUGCUCUUAGAAAAGGUGAUUUAUAGAAUGCAAGGAAUGUAGCAACCUGCAUCAUUUUCCUUUCAAAAACAUUUCCUUGUUGUCAAAGUGGAUUUAAAUUUUUACAAAAAUUAGACAAGGCAGUGUAACUGGCACACCUCACUUGUACUUAUUCCCAAUUGUGUAGAAUUUGAAUAGGUGGCUAGAUGGACCAUUGCCAUUUAAGAAUGUACAUCAGGGAUCAUUGUACCUCGGCUAUUACAUGGUGCCUUAAACAGAACUGAAGCUAAGACUUAGUACUUUUUGUUAUUCUUAACUCUUAAAUUAAUUCAACAAGGUGUGCCUGUCAUUUUCAAAUUCCCUAAGAAGUAAGGACAGGUUACACAGCCUUCAAAAGAAUAAAAGGAUUUUUUUAUUAUUAAAUGAUUUUAAUAUCCCUCUUAGAAUGACAAUAGACCUAUUUUUUCUCGUUUCUAGCUGGAUUUCACUUUAAUAGAAAUAAAAUUUGCUUGGGAAUUUGGAAAGCAAAACUAGCUUUAAUACCAACUUCAAAUGUCAAAAUAGAUUGACCAUAGUCCCAAGCAUGAUUAUAUAUUUUCUAAACCCUUGCCUACUUUUAAUUUUAAAAACUAAAAAGAAAUAAAUGAGCAGGUACAUAAUGCAGUGCAUGUUUUCAAUUUCUAUAUUUUGUGGUGUAUCAGCCAGAUAUUACAUUUUAAUGGUUAAAUAAUAUCAGUUUAUAGAAACCAUAUUAAUUAACAUAAAAGAACUCGAGUUUUUCUUCACAAACAUUUCAUUAUGCAGACACAUGAAUUUGCUACACUAACGUAGUGAAAUUACAUAAGAAAAAAAAAGCCAAAAAGUGAAUGAGAACACAAAAAGAUCAACUUUACAGGAAAGACUUCGUAAAAAAAUUAGGAUUCUUUUAUUCUGGUUUAUCUAGUGUGUCUGAAAAUGACUUUAAAGUCAUAUAUACCAAAUGGGAGAAGAGCAUGUAAAAUGGAAGUGUGUUUAUAGCAAACAAGUUUGUUGCUAGAGUUUACAUAUGCUCCAAAUACAGCUGCACAUAAACUAAAAUGUCCUAACACUAUUGAUGCACAAAAAUAAAUUUUAAUUCCUUUGCAGAAUUGUGAACCCAUCCAGCUCAUUCUGUGUUGGCAUAAUUCCUACUAAUGUCAGUAGAUGGCUUUUGCCUCAGUAAAAAGUAAAAGUGAGGUUUAUAUUCAUUAUUUCUAAACUCAUAAAUGCACUGAAUCUCAUUAUAGAUUUUGUUGUCACAUAUAUCGCUCAGUGUGUCCUGAUUUUUCCUUAGAAAUCAGCACAUCUGUACCCUUCACCAAAAAUGCUAAAACUAAGCUGUGAUAAAUAUUUACUCCCCUUCAUUGUGCAUUAUAAGAUGUUUACACGUAAAAUAAAGUAAAAUAAUUCAACAUUUUUUUAAUUUUCAACUUUUUUUUAAUACUGUAGUAGUUGUUUUAAAUUUUGUGUUUGUUUGUGUUCUUUUAUUCUUAUUGUUUCUUGCUUUAAUGUUGAAUUUGUUGUUGCUGAGAAAAGAGUACAAUUGUCAAAGGUAAAUUAGAUUGCUAAAUAUGUUGGGACUCGAGUCUUCUUUCAUUAUUUAGCUCUCCACUCCACUCAGUUGUUAACUGUCAUAAAGUGAAAAAACAAAACUGAACAAAAAUCUGAAUACAUGAAAUGGAAUGUAUUUCAUAGCUUCUGAAAACAAGGAAUUAUCAAAUUGAAACUUUCACAGGUUCAGAAAACUGACUGGAGUCUGUAUUCUUAUGCUUAAAUUCUAAAGAUUUUACCAGAUAUUUUUAGAGUGACUAUCUUAUUAUGUUGUAGACUUACAGAUUUGGGGGUCUUUUGUUUUGUUUUUACUGAAAUUUCAAUCAAACACUUAGAUAAAACCUUUUGCACACUCUUGCUGUUUAAUAGCUGGAUUUUAGUAAUCGUUGAAGUAGAGAGAUAUGAAUACCUCAGUGUGUAUUCUGCAAUGUGUAGCGUGCGGCUGCAUUGCCACACCAGCUCUGAAGUCUGUUGUCAAUGCUAUGGAGCGGUGUAGCAUGUGUCCACAGGGUAGGCAUUAUGAGAGUUGACAUGAUUUGUGUGUUUUAUCUAACCUUGAAAUGGAAUCCAGAAUAAUUAUUUUAGAGGCAUUUCCCCCAUUAGCACAAAAUAGCACAGUGAACAGUGUGGGGGAAGAGGUCUUGUUGAACUACCUUUUCAAAGCACAGGGCCCAAUUUUCAAAAGUUUUGUAUUUGUUCAAGUGUUUUGUUACAUUUUCAUCUUUCUUGUGGUAAAUCAGUUUUCAACAUAUUUUUUCUUUUUUUUCAGUUUUUUUUGCUUGUACUGUAGCAUGCUCUAAGCACCUUCAUUUUUAAAAAAGUUCCAUAAAAAUUUGGGAAAUAGAUGUUAAAUUAUUUGCCUAUGAAAUGAUCAUUUACAGCAUUACUGCCUUUAGUUAAAAAAAAUAAGAAAAUAAUGUUCUGUCAUUCAGGAAUUCAUAGGUCUAUAUACCAAUUUAAUUUAAAGCGAGGUAUUUUUAAGUAUCUGUAACACUUUUUGUUUUAUCUUGUUUUCCCUAGAAGAAAUGAUCAGAUAUCUUUAUCAUUCUCACCAUUGACAUCAGCACUGUUUAGAAAAAAAUCCAUGUUAGAGAUGCACUGCAAUCCAAUUUAGUUCAGAAUGCUUUUACAAAACAAAACCAACCACUGAGAGCCAUAAAUGUGCUGACAAAACCCCCAGAUUUAUUAGUAAUAUAAGUAUACAACAAUCAUUUCAGAGUUUAAAAUACAAAUUUGAGAGAGCAAGAUGAAUUUCUGAAAAUUGGGCCCGUGUCAACACUAACAGGACAUGCUCUUUGUAUACAGUUUAAAGCAAAUUGAUACAUGGAAUUCUAGUAUCUCUGCUAAUUUGUUUGGUGAUUUAACACUGACAGUGAAAACUGGAAUAGAAGCAUAAACACACAGUGCUUAGUUCUAGAAUUAGGAAAUUAAUUUGAUAUAAUGCCUUGCAUUAACCCUUUGAGCAUUGUAAGUAACAUGAUGGGAACAAAGAUUUUUAGAUGAUUUAACUAGUCCACUGAGCAUAUACUCUGAAAUAGUUUAUAGUGUUGUAAAUUUUUUUUAUUAUGUCUAAAGUAAAUAGAUUGCAUAAACUUGCAUACAACAUGGGGAUUUCUUAUUAAUAGGGGGCUCAGUAGAUGUAGGCAAAGUAUUCAUUGCCAUUGAUACGUACUGUGUAAUAUAAAGCAGUACCUCAGCUCCCUGGUUUUCGUAACUGCAUAUAUAUACAAAGAAAAUCAGACAUGAUUCUACAGAUAUGAAGUUGUCUACUUUAAGAUGCCUUUAGAAGAUAAAGGUUUAGAAAAUAUAUUCAGCUAUUUUGAAAAUUUCCUGAGAUAGAUUAGUGUUGGAAUACUCUGGUACUGUAAAAGAGAAAUCUUUAGGACUAAAAGAAGGUUUAGUAAUAAUAAAUUUUGCAGAAUAUUUGAUGUGUUUGCAUUGAAAUUUUUGGCAGUGUUUGUGAGAAACAGGAACAAAAAGUGCACAAUUAUGUUAAUAUUCCUUUUAAAACUCAGUCACUGCAAUAAUGACUAGCUAGAAGAUGAAGGUAUUUAAUUAAAUUUCACAUACAAGGGUAUAGUUUGGAUGGCCCUUAUUGAAUGUCAGAAUUUUAAAAGCAACCUAGAAAUUGCACGAGCUAAUAUUUUUUAAAGCCCCUUUGUUCUUAAAAUGACUGCUUACAGGAACAAGGGAACAAGUGUUAGCAAGUAAAGAUUCUUUUAACUUAGAGAUACUGAUGCCACCUUACUAAGUGAGAACACAGUACAUUUUCUACUGGUUUCUUGCAAUAUCAGUCAGCAAACACUAAAGCAGCUGUACUUAUUUAAGUCCAGCUGAGGACAAAGAAAAAGGGUAUCAUUUAAAGUUAUUUAAGGGAAUUGCGUCAGUAGUAUAGUGCAAGUAAGUUGUAAACAUUUUUAGUCAGUUCAUGCAAAUUACUGCAUAAUUAAUUAACAUAAAUGCAAUACUCAAAGGGUUUUAAUUUAACAACUUUUUUUAUUCAUAAUUUACUGUAAAUGCUUCUGAGUUUGCAUGCCUUGAUCAUUGCUGCUAGUGAUUUUAUGUGCCAGUAGACCUGAGUUUAAUUUACCAGUUUAACUAAGAAAUAGUAAAAGCCACUUACAAAGUGACUGCCUAGUGUUUGUUUGAAGUAAAAUAUGCCUUAGUUUGAAAAUUAUCAUUUUAACUCCUGUUUUAUUCUGAUUUUUUUCUCCUUUUCCUGUUGAAAAAAAAAAAAUAAAUUGGCAUUUUGGGAUUGGAAGCCCUGAGUAGUUAAAUAUUUGGUAAGAAUUGUUCUUGGAGAUUGCUCAUUAAGGCUGAAAUUCAUUGUAGAAAACAAGGCCCAGAAAAAAACUGUGGGCAUCAAAUGAGCCUCACUUAACACUAAUUCAGGAAGAAGUUCUUUGUAUGUUCUUAAGCACUUUCUUGGUUAUGGUGCAAACAUCUUACAGGAAUUUUCAGUUCUAGAUUAAUAUUGCUCUGAAAUAAUAGAUGUUAUUUUAGGAGGAAUUUAGACUUCAGAGGAACAACCUUGAAUGGAUUGGUUUUUAACAGGAACUCAGUUCAAUUCUUUUUGACUCACUGAUACCAGCAAAAGCUUUUUACACAAAGAAUAUUUAAUGGGUUCCCCAAGUAAAGUUUCCUUCCAUACAAUAUUAAAGUGACUGCCUUGUAUUUAAACAUUAAAUACCCAUCUUAAAGUAACCCAGUUAAGCAAUUUAAAAUAUGUUGGGAAAAUACCACUUUGUACCAAAGCAAGUUGCCCAUUUCCACUCAUAUCCACUGAAAAUUUGGAUUUACAGUUAAUAACCAAUGAGGCUUUUAAAGAAACUUCGAGUGCCUUUUAAAAACUUGGAAAAUUGUGCCUGAGGUGGUAAACUUUAAUUAGGUUAAUUCUAGAGCUACCAAUCAGUAAUUUUAUCAUCACUCAGGGCUUUCUUACCUUCUAGGAAACUUCCCUUGUUGCAUUUAUUUUAUAUGCUAUUUUUUUUAAGUGCCAUCAUUUAAAUUUCACUUAGUAAGUGGCAGAUUACAUUAUCCAGUCCCACAGCACAGAAACAUCAUAACACUAGGACAUAUUCAAACUCUUAUUUUCCAGUUGACUGAAUAUAUUAUGUAAAUGAGGUAAGCAACUUUUUGUAGAUUGUAUGUGUGAGAUAAUGUAAUGUUCUUUUCCAGUUUUUGGGCUACAGUUGAAUAUACUUUUUAAUUAUUUAAAGAAGACAUCUUUACAGAAUAACGUGAUGGUUUUUUUUGUAUAAUGUAUUUGAUUUUGUAAAUACGUAUUUCCUGAUGUGAUUUUUGUGACAAAUGCUAAAUCUUUUAGUAUAUAAUGUCCUCUCAAAACUGGCAGGAGCUAAAUAAUAGUUUGUUGGCAAUUUGUAUUGUGUACUGUACAAUAACUGGGGACCUUUUAUAAUUAUAAAAAUAUAUAUUAACUUUUAGUGUGUUGUAUAAAAAAUGACUGGAACAUACUAAAGACAGUAGGAUUUUUCUGAAUAUUUCAGACUUGAACUCAGGCUAGCUUUCUUGUGUUUUUCAAAACAAAAUUGUGUCUUGUCUUUUAAAAUCAAUAAAUUUGUUUUCUUGUUACAAA